AUAUUCUCAUCGGCUAUGAAUUAUAUUAUUUUGAAACUGAUUUUCCUCUACGGAAUAACUUACUUUGUCGUGUCCAGUAAACAAUAUGAAUUUCGUAUAGCUUGGAUGGCUCCGAGUCAGGAAUACUAUAACAUAAGCGCUUCCUCAAGUGUCGGGGCAUUUAAAAUUGCCUUAACUGCCAUAAGUCAAACCCCUGAUUCAUCGGAAGCAAAACUCCAGAAUUCCACAAUAAAAGUAAAGUGGUACGAUACAAACUGCAACGAAAAGACGGCCCUGGGUGUUGUUUUAGAAGCAAGAGAAACAUUUAAUCCUAAUAUCUUUUUUGGACCACCAUGCCCUGCUAGUCUUAGAGGAGUUGCUCUAUUAGCGGCACACUGGAAUAUACCAAUAUUUGACUGGGCAUCACAAGGGAACGAAUUUCAAGAUCGGAAGAAGUAUUCAACUUUGGUACGCUUCCUGGGACCUCUAUCUCGCUUUCCUGAUGUCCUGUUUCACAUCAUUUCCGUAUUUUCAUGGAACCAAUUUGCUGUUAUCUAUGACAAACGAGAUCAAUAUAGGGAUUUGGCGUUCGCAAUUUCUAAAUCGCAAAACGAGUCGUUGUAUAGGAUAUUACAAACGUUUGAAGUCUCCAACAAUAUGGAGGAGCAAGAGUUGGAGCAAAUUUUCACAGAAUUGAAACGUAAUUCUAGAGUGAUCGUCAUGGCAUUACCUUGGCUGGACAUGCGGAAAUACAUGUUAGUUGCUCAUAGACUAGGAAUGACAAAUGGAGAAUUUGCUUUUCUUUGUAUCCACAGUGAGCUUUACACAUAUGACACUAUGGAAUCUGAUGUGUUUUCUGACAAAGUUUGGCGAAGAAAUGACUCCAUUGACGAUAUAACAAGAGAAGCAUUUGAACCAGUAUUGCAUAUUAUGAUGAAACCCUCGGAGAAAUCGCCAUGGACGCUUUUCAAAGCAGUUGCUUUUGAACAUGGCAAUCACGUUAAUCCUAACUGGAAUAUACCCAUUGAGCUAACUUUGCCUGACGCCUACUCAGCUCACCUGUACGAUGCGACUUUGCUGUGGGCAAUGCUGACUGGUAAAAUACUGAAAGAAAACAAAAAUCCACUUGACGGGGAGCUUAUGUCUAAGAUGGCAACAAGAUUGACAAAUAAUGAGGAGUUGGAUGGUAUGACUGGAAAAAUUAACAUAGAUCAUCAGGGAGAUAGAAAUCUGGACUUCCAAGUUCUAGACAUGUCUGCAAAUGGUACAUUUAGCAAAAUUAUUUCUAUUAAUUACCUCAGGAAAGGGAUGGUGGAACUUAAAUUUGAGGGUAACAAGACAACAGACCAAGUCAGUCGGUGGCCGAAUGGAAAGGUGGGCAUACAAAAUGCACCUACUGAUGAACCAAGAUGUGGCUUUACUGGUGAAAAAUGUCCAGUGGAGGAGAAACAACCAGACAGAAUUUACAUUAUAGUUCUAUCCAUACUUGGAGUUUUCCUUGUCAUCAGCUUUAUUUUCAACAUAUAUUGCAUUUUGAAAAACCGCGCGCAACCUGGAUCAUAUGACUUAAACCCGCCAACAAGAGUUCGAUAUCAACAUAUGUCUUGAAUGGAAACCCAAAAUCCAGUCCCCUAUAAUGUAGAAUCUGUGUUUUGUUGUUAAAUGACUAUAAUACCAUAAA